UUGGACAUAUAGUUACACAGCCCCAGCUUCAUCUUCAUCUGAUCAGCACCUAGCUAGCAGAAUGGCGGACGUGGUGCUGCUGGACCUGUGGGUUAGCCCGUUCGGGCAGCGGUGCCGGAUCGCGCUGGCGGCGAAGGGCGUCGCGUACGAGUACCGCGAGCAGGAUCUCUCCAACAAGAGCGAGCUGCUUCUCCGGUCCAACCCCGUCCACCGGAUGAUCCCCGUCCUGCUCCACGACGGCCGGCCCGUCUGCGAGUCCCUCCUCAUCGUCCAGUACAUCGACGAGGCGUGGCCCGUCGCGCCGCGGCUCCUCCCCGGCGACCCCUACGCCCGCGCGCAGGCUCGCUUCUGGGCGGACUUCGUCGACAAGAAGAUCUUCGACUGCGGGACCCGGCUGUGGAAGUGCAACGGGGCGGCUCUGGAGCAGGCCAAGAGGGACAUGGUCGAGGCGCUGGGGGCCCUGGAGGCGGAGCUCGGCGGCAAGGACUACUUCGGCGGCGAGGAUCUGGGGUUCCUGGACGUGGCCCUGGCGCCGUUCACGUCGUGGUUCCGCACCUACGAGCAGUGUGGUGGGUUCGCCGUCGCGGAGCACUGCCCAGGUCUCGCCGCUUGGGCCGAUCGGUGCAGAGGCCGUCACGCUGUCGCGUCGGCGCUCACCGACCCCGACAAGGUGUACGAGUUCGCCCUGACGCUGAAGGAGAAGUUUGGGGACAAGUAG